AUGUUAAAACGUUCAGAAAAAUUAUGGAUGGGCAGUGCCCUAUUUUUUGGUAUAUUUGCAUUAGUUUGUAAUCUAAUUGGUUUUUCAACACCAUAUUGGAUUCAAAUAUGGCCUCGUGUCGGUGAUACAACAUUUCGUAAAUUAGGACUUUGGCAAGUAUGUAUAGCUGGUUUUCGUAAUCCGAAAAAUUAUUGGGGAAAAGUUUAUUAUGGUUGUUGGUGGUUAUAUGCACGUGAGUAUAAUGGAUUACGAGACGAUGGAAUAUUAACACCAGCAUGGUUUACUGCUGUGCAAAUAUUUGCAUGUUUUGGUUUAAUAUUUAAUAUGCUCGGUUGUGUUGCAUUAAUAGUUGUUGCUAUUACACGAUAUCGCUUAUCGCGUCGUUCAAUGCUUAUUGGUUGUAUACUAUGUGCAUGCGCUUGGUUUUGUAAUUUUCUUGCUGUUCUUCUAUUUGGUAUCUAUGCCGAUGCUAUUCCAGGCAAAUGGAUGCCUCGAGCUGAUUAUACAUUUUUAUCAUGGUCUUAUCAUUUUAUAGUUGGUUCAAUGAUAUCAUCAUUUUUGGCUGUUGGUUUUGUUGUAUUUGAAAUCUAUUUUAUAACUGAAGCAAAAAAAAAUAAUAAUGAAAAAACAUUUAUUCGUCAUGUUGGUAAUCCAAAUCAACCAUUUGUUCGUCAUGGUGAAAAAGAUGAACCACCAUUUGUACGUAGAGCUACAAAUGGUGAACAACCAUUUGUACGUAAAACAUCAGAUGGUGAACAACCAUUUAUACGUAAAUCUGAUAAUGAAAAUGAACAUGCAUUUAUACGUCGUUCUGAUGGUUCAUUCUCUGAAGAAGCAUUCAUACGUCGAGCUAAUGGUGGAUCAGAUGGUGACGAAGCUUUUAUACGACGUGCAAAUGAUACGAAGAAUCAGGGAAAUAAUUAUGUAGUUUAA